CGCAGGGCGCCAGGGAGGACGCUCCACCACGAGAGCUUGGACAUUUUUAGAUGGUGCAGCCUUGAUACAUGGUGUACGAAAUGGCUGUAGGAAACAACACUCAGAGAAGUUAUUCCAUCAUCCCGUGUUUUAUAUUUGUUGAGCUUGUCAUCAUGGCCGGGACAGUGCUGCUUGCCUACUACUUCGAAUGCACUGACACUUUUCAGGUGCAUAUCCAAGGAUUCUUCUGUCAGGACGGAGACUUAAUGAAGCCUUACCCGGGGACAGAAGAAGAGAGCUUCAUCACCCCUCUGGUGCUCUAUUGUGUGCUGGCUGCCACCCCAACUGCUAUUAUUUUUAUUGGUGAGAUAUCCAUGUAUUUCAUAAAGUCAACCAGAGAAUCUUUGAUUGCCCAGGAGAAAACUAUUCUGACCGGAGAAUGCUGUUACCUAAGCCCCUUAUUCCGAAGGAUCAUACGAUUCAUAGGGGUAUUUGCGUUUGGACUUUUUGCUACUGACAUUUUUGUAAAUGCCGGACAAGUGGUCACAGGGCACCUGACACCAUACUUCCUGACGGUAUGCAAGCCGAACUACACCAGCACAGACUGCCGAGCGCACCAGCAGUUCAUAAGCAAUGGCAAUAUUUGCACCGGAGACCUAGAAGUGAUAGAAAAGGCCCGGAGAUCCUUUCCCUCCAAACACGCUGCUCUGAGCAUUUACUCCGCCUUAUAUGCCACUAUGUACAUCACAAGCACAAUCAAGACGAAGAGCAGUCGACUGGCCAAGCCAGUGCUGUGCCUCGGGACCCUCUGCACAGCCUUCCUGACGGGCCUCAACCGGGUCUCUGAAUAUCGGAACCACUGCUCCGACGUGAUUGCAGGCUUCAUCCUGGGCACUGCUGUGGCCCUGUUUCUGGGAAUGUGUGUGGUCCAUAAUUUUAGAGGAACACAAGAAUCUCCUUCCAAACCCAAACCUGAGGAUCCCCGUGGAGUACCCCUAAUGGCUUUCCCAAGGAUAGAAAGCCCUCUGGAAACCUUAAGUGCUCAGAACCACUCUGCCUCCAUGACCGAAGUCACCUGAGACGGCUGAUGAGUCACAGCUGUUUUUUAUUUUAUCACCCUCCAAUUCGAUACUUCAAGACACAGUUGCUGGAUGUCAAACUGUGAAGACAAGUAUUAUGUUUAUCUAGUUAGAGGCUAAUGUUUUGUACAUUUUUUGUAUGAAAAAGUGAUGUAGCUUGCCCUGAAUUUUUUUUGAUCAGCUUUAAUAUAUUUAUGCCAGAAUUUUAAACCAACAAAACUUUCUUCUUGUUCAAGUGUGCAUUGAAAAACCACAUUUAUUCAAUGGUUGAUGUUGUUUUGUGAUAUUUGUACACUAACCUUCUUUUCUCAGUUUUAUAGACACAGAAUUAAAAAUUAAUAUACCAAUUCACUUUAAACUUUUACUACCACAGUUUUUGCCUCCCCCAGAAUUUUUGAAUUUUAGUGAAAGUUACCUUAUGAAUUGCAGGGAGGACAAUAUUGGUUAAUGGUAAAUCUCAAAAUCAAUUGUGUAGAAAAUUUUCAAAAAGAACUGACCUGGUAUUUUCAAAUGUUCUGACCUGGUAUUUUCAAAAAUAACUGUAUGUUCUGACCAUGUUGUUGCAUCUAAGUAAAAGAGAUACAUUGAUGAAGUCACCUAGUUGCACAAACAAUUGGCAGAAAAUUCUGGAUUGGAGGGGUAGCGAGGUAAUAUGAUUCUCUCUUAGGUACCGGCUGUCCCAUUCUGAGAAACUCAAGAUCUUUCUGGAAUCACAUCAUUGGGCAGGCAAAUAACAUUGCAGCUUUCCAAAAGACCAGCCUGCACCAGCCUCCCCUGUCAACUCAGAAGUUUUGUAUAGCAUAUUGUAUGGACUUUAUAUGAAAAUGAAUAUUUUACAGUUUGCACAGUAUUAUUUUACAGAAAGGCUAUCAGAGCAUCUACAACGUAGAGCCCAGAGCAACAGCUUGACUUUGUGGCUUUUAACUGUUCUCGAAUUUUAACUGCAUCUCACUUUUCUAGCAUGGUACUAGCUAACGUGUAACUCCUUUAAGAGAGGGACCCUUGUCUGUAACCUAUCAGAAUGUUUUCUUGACAUUCCCAUUUGGCUCUUCUUAGCUUUUUUUGUACAUAUUUUUUUUCUAAAGAGAAGAAAAAAGUUA